AUGGAGGAUCUCGAAUCCCAGCUCGCAACAACAACAAUCACAACCACCAAACCCCUCCCAGAUGGCUACUCUCUCCCCCUCUGGCGCAAAAACGCCAUCCUCUUCAUCGUCAGUUGGAUGGCUCUAGCAGUCACCUUCUCCAGCACCUCCCUUCUCCCCGCAACUCCAGAGAUCGCACAUGAUAUCCACACCACGUCGGAGACCCUGAACGUCACGAACGCGGGCGUGCUAUGCGUCAUGGGCUUCUCGUGUCUCAUCUGGGGCCCAUUGAAUCUACUCAUCGGUCGACGAUUUUCGUACAAUAUCGCCAUUUUGUUCCUGUGUGCUUGUUCGGUCGGCACUGCUGUCGCUGUUGAUAUGCAUAUGUUUACGGCCUUUAGAGUGCUGGGUGGUUUGACGGGCACUUCGUUUCUGAUUUCGGGACAGACGAUUUUGGCGGAUAUUUUUGAGCCCGUUGUUCGUGGUACUGCGGUGGGAUUUUUCAUGAUAGGAACGGUGACGGGACCGGCUGUCGGCCCGUGUAUCGGCGGUGUCAUUGUCACUUAUGCCAGCUGGCGCAUCAUCUACUGGUUGCAAGCCGGCAUGACGGGCUUCGCUUUCAUUCUGUCUGUUCUCUUCGUGCCGGAUAUUAACCAGGAGAGAGGGUCUACCUCUACGGUUGAGAAAGUUGAUCCUUCUCCACGACGUGGAAUUGCUGAAAUUAUUCGGAUGUUUAAUCCAGUCCAUAUCAUGAGAUUGUUAAUCUAUCCGAAUAUUCUAUUGGCGGAUCUCACGUGUGGUCUUCUCUCAACGUUCCAGUACGCGAUUCUCACGUCCGCUCGAUCAAUAUUCAACCCUCGAUUCCAUCUCACCACCGCCCUGGUCAGCGGUCUCUUCUACCUUGCUCCCGGGGCCGGGUUCCUCAUAGGAAGUAUCGUUGGUGGAAAACUCUCUGAUCGGACGGUGCGCAGCUGGACCGUCAAGCGAAACGGUGUGCGCCUACCGCAGGAUCGGCUGAAUAGCGGAUUAAUCACUUUACUGGGCAUGUUGCCCGUCGCGGCCCUGGUGUACGGAUGGACCUUGCAGAAGGAGAUAGGUGGUAUGGUCGUGCCGAUUGUAGCGGCGUUUUUUGGGGGUUUGGCGUUGAUGGGGUCAUUUAAUAGUUUGAAUACUUAUUGUGCUGAAGCUCUUCCGGAACAGCGAAGGGAAGUUAUCAGCGGAAAAUACAUCAUUCAAUAUAUAUUUGCCGCGGGAAGUAGUGCCCUGGUGGAUCCAGUUAUUGAUCGUAUCGGGGUGGGUUGGACAUUUACAAUCUGUGUCGCGUUCUCGAUUAUCGGAGGCUCCUUGGUCUUUCUUAUCACCCGCUGGGGACUGGAUAUGCAGCGGUGGGUUGAGAGGAGGGUUUCUAUUGAUCCGAAGGAGUGA